AUGGAAUCCCACGGAAACCCAACAGACAAGCAAUCUUCUUCUUCUCUUUACCCUACUGUUGACAUGUCGAAUCCCGAAGCUCCUCUUAACCCUAACUCCUCCUCUUCCACUACCAACAAUCUCUAUCCUUCGCUCGAUAUGGACGAUCUCGCUCGUGAUCUCUUCCCUGAGCAACCGGAAUCGACUUCUAUCCCGAUCUCAGCUCCUACGGAAUCAACGGAGGAAGUGAUUCUGAAGAUCCCAGGCGCGAUUCUCCAUUUAAUCGAUCAAUCCUACAGCGUCGAGCUCGCUUGCGGCGAUCUUUCGAUUAUCCGUCUUGUUCAAGACGGGAAUGUCGUCGCUGUUCUCGCUCGUGUCGCCGAUGAGAUUCAAUGGCCGUUGACUAAAGACGAGAACUCCGUUAAAGUCGAUGAGUCUCAUUACUUCUUUACCCUUCGACCAACCAAAGAUUUCGGAUCUGAUUCCGGCGAUGAAGACGAAGAAAGGGAGAAAAACCCUAAAGAAGAGAACGAUAUGUUGAACUACGGACUUACGAUUGCUUCAAAGGGUCAAGAGCAUUUACUUGAGGAGCUUGAGCAGAUCUUGUCGAAUUACAGCUGUUUUACUGUGCAGCAAGUGUCUGAGGAAGCUAAGGAAAGUGGUGAAAGGGUUUUGGAUGUGACGGUGGCGAGAGAGACAUCUCCGGUGGAGCUUACUGGUGAAAGGAAAGAGAUUGUUGAGAAGCAAUGUGCUGCUUAUUGGACAACUUUAGCUCCAAAUGUUGAGGAUUAUAGUGGGAAGACUGCGAAGCUGAUUGCUACUGGUUCUGGACAUUUGAUUAAAGGGAUUCUUUGGUGUGGAGAUGUGACUAUGGAUCGGCUCAAAUGGGGAAAUGAUUUCAUGAAACGGAGGUUGAGUAAAGCUGAGAAGGAGAGGGAUGUUCAUCCUGAUACCUUGAAAAGAAUCAAGAGAGUGAAGAGGAUGACCAAAAUGACAGAGAAUGUGGCAAACGGCAUUCUGUCUGGAGUCAUUAAAGUUUCUGGGUUCUUUACAAGUUCAGUGGCAAACACCAAAGUAGGAAGGAAGUUCUUUAGCCUUCUUCCUGGAGAAAUCGUCCUUGCAACUCUUGACGGAUUCAAUAAGGUAUGCGAUGCUGUUGAAGUAGCUGGAAGGAACGUUCUGUCAACCUCGUCCACUGUUACAACCGAACUUGUUGAUCACAGGCAUGGUGGUAAAGCAGCAGAGGCGACAAACGAAGGGCUUGAGGCAGUAGGAUAUGCUUUUGGAACAGCCUGGGCUGCUUUCAAAAUCAGAAAGGCUAUUAACCCGAAGAGCGUUCUCAAGCCUUCGACGCUUGCAAAAUCUGCCAUUAGAUCUGCAGCUUCACAAAAGAAAGCUUAG